UAUAAAAAAAACGAUGGAGAGCGUCUUAAAAACGCGACGUUUGGGUUUAAAAGCAUUCUCUCGCUUUUGAAGCUGCUCCUGUUGUUGGUGUUGGUUUUUUGAGGCGCAGUAGUAUCGGAUUUUGGCAUCCAGAGAAAAACGGAGAGGUGCAUCUAUGGCUGAUCCUGAACUAGAAGCUAUUAGACAGAGGAGGAUGCAAGAGCUCAUGGCUCAACAUGGCACUGGGAAGCAGGGCAGUCAGCAGAAUCCAGAUCAAGAGAGUGCUCAAGAAGAUGCUAAAAGGGAAGCUGAUGAACGUAGACAAAUGAUGCUUAGUCAAAUAUUGUCUUCCCAAGCCCGUGAGAGAAUUGCUCGAAUUGCCUUGGUGAAACCUGAGAAAGCUAGAGGCGUAGAGGAUGUUAUUCUGAGGGCUGCUCAAAUGGGACAGAUUGUUGAAAAGGUUUCUGAGGAACGGCUUAUAACGCUGCUGGAACAAAUUAACAGCCAAACUAGCAAACAGACUAAAGUCACGAUCCAGAGGCGUCGUGGGGUGUUCGACGAUUAGGAAAGAAGAAGUUUAUGAUGUGCAUUGUACAUCUGACUGUUAAGUUUGUGUGUGUUCAGUAAUCUAAGAUCUAGACGUUACUGUGAAAUAUCUUUAUUGUGGUGAAUCUUAAUGAUCUUCCCAGAUGCUUUGGUUGAGAUAAAGAGAGUAAUCUGAAACUGAAACUCCGUAUUUUACAUUUGGCAUUUCCUC